AUGGGUGCCAGGCUUGGGGCUGCUGCUGCCACCACCCCUGUCACCACCGAGGGGCUGUUUGCUGUGGGAACAGCUUCUCCCACCAUGGUGGAGAGUGAGGGGCCCCAUGACCUGGUGAUGGGCACUGCGGAGGCAAACACUGUGGCAGCCAAUGCUGAGACAGCCGAUAGCAUCCUUGUGGAGAAUCCGUUGAGCCCAUCCUCCCCUCCCGGGCCUGAGCCAGAUGCUUUGGUGACAGCGGUGAGCAACUAUGGCUCUACAGUACCAGCUUUGAUGAAUGUGACCAAGCCUCUUAACACAUCUCAGGAUAUUGAGAGGGGUUCGGCUGCUCCCACUGCAGCCACAACCACUGCCGCCAUCUCUGCACAGCACCCCGCUGUCACCCCAGAAGCAGAGCUUGAUGUAACGGGGCCUGCUCCCGAUGCCGCCCUGGGAUCCACCCCUCUCUUUGCAGAUGUGAAGGAGGACAUCCUCGCGGCUGUGACCAGAGAAGGAGCAGACCUAGACCCCACCGCCAGCGCUGUGUCCCUCCCCACCACCCCUCCACUGGCAGUUUCCUGGGGGGCACAGCCAACUGCUGGCAGCCCCGUGGGUGCUGGUGUCACCGUGCUGCCAAGCCAAGGGCUGACCACAGCCACAGGAGCAGUUGAGGAAGGCAUAACCCUGCCUGUGGAUACGCAAAGUGAAGCCAGUGCCAAUUCCUCAAGCCCCAGCCCCGGCACCGGGGGGCUGCUUACAACCCAGCAGGAUGGGGUGGUGAACAGGGCCAUGGGCAUCACCCCAGAGCCAGUGGGAGAAAAUGCCCCCGCUGUUGAGGAAAGUCCCGCAGCUUUGGUGCAUGGAGACACGGCAGAUGCAGUAAAUGGUGAAUUCAGCACGGUCGGCUCAUCCAGCCUGCCUCUGGAGAGCCCAACAGUGUCAGGAACAGUGGGAAACCCAGGGGAGCCCUCCCUCCUCCAUGGCCAGGCAGUGCUGAGCCCAGCCACUUUGCUGCCGCCGGCCAAUGUUGCAGCUGUGCCCCUCUACGGGUAUGGAGCGAAAGAAAAUGAUCGACAGUACGUGGAAAGGAGGGUGGAUUUUAAUUCUCCACUUUUCAAGCCUGAGACUGGAUUCCCAUUUGGCAAAACCUUGCGCAACUCUCUCUAUUUUACAGACAAUGGACAAAUCAUUUUCCCAGCCUCAGACAACAGCAUCUUCACAUCCCCCAACCCUCCUCCCAGCGGCUUCAAUGGCCACGAGGAGGUUCCCAUGAUCGCCGUGUUUUGGGACAACGCCGACUUCUCCAGAGGUGUUGGCACCACCUUUUACCAGGAGUUCCUCACCCUUAACACGGCCAAGCCUCCAUUCGUGCGUGACGUGGAAGCGAAGGUUCGGCGGUACCUGAGGUCCUCCUACUCCGCAGCCUGGACCCUGAAGAUCACCUGGGAGAAGGCACCUGCCUACGCAGCACGGACUGACACCCGGAGGACGAUCACAUACCAGGCUGUCCUGACCACCGAUGGCUUCAGGUCCUAUGUCCUGAUGCUGUACCAGGAGGGAGGCAUGCAAUGGGAUUACACCAGACUUACCACCACCAAUGUGCUCAUCGGCUACACCAGUGGGGAUGGCUUUUACCGCAAUGAUGACCUGACUCAGAGACCUCCAGCUGCUAAAUAUCGCCCUGAUCAGUUCAGGGGAUACAACACAGACCUCCGUGGGCUGUGGAUUUACAAGCUGGAGAGCCGCGUGAGAGUCAACUACCGGCUGAAGUGCCUGGCGUGGACGGGGCAGCAGCAGGAGCCGCGGGUGUGGAGCCAGGGCCUGCCUGCCUGCCCCUGCUCCCUGCAGCAAGGGCAGCAGGACCCGCGCUUCAAGAGCAGCCGCGGAGGCUGGUGGGCUGCCCGCGUCUCCAUGCUGCACUCUGCAUCCCCCAACCAGCACGGUGCCGGCGUCCGCUGCCUGUACGACAGCCAGAGCCAGCUCAUCGAGGGGCGGCAGGAGAGGUACUGGAGAUCCUCCAGGCAGGCGUCCCCUUACCGUGACCAGGAGCUGAAGUUGUACGACUGGUGCUGUAACCAGGCGGGCAGUGCCCACCUCUGUACCCGCUACAGCGAGAAGAGACCGAAGAUUGGCUGUGAUGGAUACCAGCCACCCAGCAUGGGUUCCUCGGAGGAGCAAGAGAGCGACUCAGAGGAGCAGAAAGGCGCCACUGCCGGAGACCCCGAGAGUGGGCAGCAGGGCUGGCAGCAGCGGCUGGCUCCUCCGUGA